AUGAUUGUUCCCAAGCCCCCCGUCAAAUUGGAGGGCCAUUGCUCCGUCGUUCACGAUAACACGCUAUACACUUACUCCGCCAACGGUUUCGCGGCCAUCCCCCUCGAGCGCAAUGGAACGUGGUCCAAACUCGACAUGGGAGAGCCGGUCUCCAAUGCCGCCUGCGUCACCGGUGGCAUCGACGGUGACGAAAGCCAACAAGCGCUGUACGUAGUCGGAGGAACCCCGUCCAAGUCCAAGGGGAAAGGCCCCGGCGUACAACGUUAUUCCUUCAAAGAUAAGAAAUGGAAGUCCUUCGAACCGUCCCAGGAGAACAUGGCCAACCGAACCGACCACAACGCCGUCUAUCUCAAGGAAUCGAAGUCCAUCCUGGUGUACGGCGGUCAUCAAAAGCAUCAAACCGAUGCCUCCUCCGAUACCUUCGUCGUCAAUACCGCAGACCCGUACAACAUCUCGGCAUUCGAAGCCUCGAAGGCCUCGCCGGUUUUCUAUCCCGUGCUGCUGUCGUGGAACGACAAGGAGGCGGCUUUGGUGGGCGGUCUAACGGACAAGACGCAGGUUUAUCUGUUCGAUCCCGCCAAGGGAUGGCGCAGUUCCGACGUGACCAUCGGCAAGGAACUGUCCGACGAUGCGCGAUGUGCUCUGGUGAAGGGAACGGAUGGCAGCAAGAUCCUCGAAACGUUCGAUAUGGGCAGCUCGCCCAACACGAUGACCAGCGAAACCUUGCUGAAAUCCGGCGGGAAGGUUGCUAGCUCCAAGUCGAAAUCGAGUCGACGGAAGCGCGUCACCCUCGACGACUACCCCAAGUACGACGACUCCUUGGCCUCCUCGACGAAGCGAGACGACUUUUCCAUCGCCCAAGGCGACAACCAGGUCGUCUUCUCCAGCGGCAGCGGCAGCGACACGCUGGCGAUCUUCAACCAAACUUCCAACAGUUGGGUUAAUGCCACCAAGCUGUUCUACGGCGACAAGCCUCGACAGAGCAUUCUUCCCACCACCUCCUCCACCUCCACCACCACAUCCGGUCCCACUUCGACGGCCUCGGAAACUAGCCCCGCCACCACGACCCCUGCAGCGGGCUCCGCCGUGGACAACUCCAACCUCGGCACCGUGCUGGGUGCCACCUUGGGAAGUAUUCUGGGUGUGGCGGCCGUCCUGCUGCUGAUCAUCUUCCUCAUCAAGCGCAAGAAGAACGCCUUGAAGCGGGAGGCGCAAGGCCAGAACGGCGACAAGGACCGUCUGAGCUUCCAGGACCGGGGCGUCGAGCCUCUGACUCAGUCCGCAUACCCGAUGGCGAAGAGCCCGGCUCCGCUGGCCGCCUCCUCGGUCGACUCCCUUGCCAUCUUCGGCGGGAGUGCCGGCGACGAAAAAGCGUCCGGAGCCAUCGGCCCCGGCCGCGGCAAUGCCCCCAAACCGUCGCCGUUGAAGCCGAGUCCGUUGUCCAUGCAGUCCGACGGAGAGGCCACGGCAGUCGGUACUCCCGCGUCGGCAUCGAUGGACAAGGCGAUUGAAGCCCACGCGAUGUCUCCGGGCGAUCGCCGCACCGACGAAGGCUGGAGUCGCUACUUCCAAGACAACACUGCGACGGACUUGGCAGUCGAACAAGCGCCUCCCAGGCCGGCAUUUGCCCAGUCUGGGGACCGCGCGAGCCAAUGGCCAGGACCGUCUCUCACGCCGCUCAACAUGGGUCUUCUGGAGGAGCCGAAGCCCCUGGGACGAGUGGUCACGGGUAGUCCGACCACCGAGCAUACGUCAUCCCCCAAGGACGGACGGUACAUCAACAUUCCCGAGAGUCAAUCCGCGCGCAUUUCCAGCGCCAGCUCCAUCAGUGCCGUGUCCGAUGAUGAAUGGGAGCGCCGUGACGGACUGUCGGCGGGCAUGGGCGAGAGCAACUUGCACCAACAGAGCUGGAUGGGCCGUCCCCCCAGCAGCACGUACAGCCGAAGCAUGUACAACCCCAGCAUGUACAACCCGAGCUCGCGCGAUCUACCGUCGAUGCCGCCGCCGUCGCUGCACGACUCCCGUAUGCCGGACGGUCGCACCACGCGCGGAUCCAGCAUCCUGAUUCCCGACACCUACGAACCCAUGCCGCAAAACUCUCACAACAACAUCAAUUCCGAUAUGAGUUGGCUCAACUUGCAUGCCCCCCGCUGA